AUGGGACGCCGUGACAGAAAUAGAGACCCGUCCAUAUCGCCGCCGCCGCCUCCGCCCAUGGGGCAGCCACCACCCCCAGAUUCCACAUACCACUUUGAGAACUACGAAAAUGGCAAGCCGAAAUGGGCGCCUGGAAAGGACAACCAGAGAGACUACCGCGACUAUCGCAAUAGCCGCAGGGGCGAUCAUCGUCGUCCCCGAAAGGAACGGCCUGCUGAAGACGAUGCGCCGCCGCCGCCAUACCCAAUGAACCCUCCUCCCCCACCCGGCGCUGCACACUAUCCACCACCCCCGCCGGGAGCUUCAGAAUAUCCGCCUCCCCCGCCCGGUGCAUCAGACUACCCUCCCCCUCCACCUGGAGCAUCAGACUACCCCCCUCCCCCUCCGCCAGGUAUGUUGGCUCGUCAAGGCAGUUUCCCAACACCGGCUAACAGAAAGCAAGAUCCUCGUGACCACCGAGACCGCGGCGCUCGCCCACGUCGCCAUCGCAGACAGCCCUCGUACUCGUCCGACGACUCGGAAUCAGACUCCCCGCCCCCUCCGCGACGCAGUCACCGCGACGACCGCCCCCGCGACGAUCGUCCCCGUAGAUCUAGGCGCGAGGAUACCUACGACUCAUACGACGAACACUAUCCGCCUCGCAGACCCAAGGACGACGGCCGGCGUGAACGCGAUGGCUACAAGUCUGAAGGCUACAAGUCGGACCGCCGCCGCAAGGACCGCGACCCUUACUACGAUGACCGCGACCGCCGAGACAAGCCACGUGACGAUCGCAGACGCCGCGAUGACCGCUACGACGACCGCUACGACGACAUGUUCAACACCAAGCCGCGUCGCGACUCUCGCUACGACGACAGGGAUCGUGACAGGCGCGGUCGAUACGAUGACGACCGCUAUGAUGACCGCCGUAGGAGCGGUAGAGGAGACGUGGGCAAGCCAGGAAAGCCCGGACAGCCUGAGUGGCAGAGGCAGGCUAUGGGCAUGUUCAAGGACUACGCGCUGCCCAUCAUCAAGAAAGAGGGUGCCAAGUAUGUACAGAAACAGAUGGCCAAUGGCUUUGGACGGCGCUAG